CACACAGUAACAGUUGUACAGUCUGUAUUAGUGUGUGUUUUUGCAGUAAUGGUGUCAGUCGUCUUGUCCAUUCUACUGCUUGUAUCUGGUGUGGGCCUGAUCCCGACUACACAGGCUGAGGACUGUACAAGCUACUGGGACGACAGCGGCGUCCAUCGUGAUGGCGUUUCAUGUGGCGGCACGCUCUGCUGCGGAAGCUGCCACAGUAAAUACUGCUGCAGUGACCACACACAGCAGCUAACUGGAGAGCAGCAGGAAGGAUGUGACGACGGACGCGGGUCACCGGGGCCCCCCUCUGCAGCCGAACUUGGAGGUGGGGCGUCAUGGCAAGCUUUAGGUGGACGCAGGGGGCGCAAGCGGAAGAGGAACAGCUUGAAGAGGGUUGGCGCCAAGACUGCUGUACUUCUGGGCAGCAUCCUUGGCUCGAUUAUUCCCCUCAUCUUCUGCGUGGGUCUCGUCGUCUGCUUUGUGGCCCCAUGUUGCUUUCUGUACAAAAAGUGCAGGAAAGUGCGCAACUCUCGGCGCCAAAAUGUGCCAACAACCACCUUUAUCGCUGUACGCCAGCAGCCGGCACCUCCGGCCCAGCAUCCACCUUCCCAUCCGAGCUACCAGCCUGUGCCAGUGCAGCCUGGUUACGGAGGCCCCGCCCUACCCACAGCACCACCACCUCCUCCAUACAUGGAAGCUGCUCCUCCAGCAUUUCCACAGCCUUCUCUGCCACCUUAUCCAGGUCAUGAUCCGCAGCCUCCAUACAACCCUUCUUUUGGGUUCGUGCACACAUGAGUUGGACUGGCUGCAUUUAUCACGGUUUGUAUGUCGAAAUUUCAUUGUUGGAAUCACAUUUUUGGGAAGCGUUAAUCGAACCAUACGCUCCAGAUGAGCUGAUCUUUAAAAGUGCGUAAUCCAUCAUACAUGUUGUUACACCGAUGCUUGGACUCAUGUGUGACAUUUUCCCUAAAUGCUCUUGGUGUGAUACACUUGUUCACAAUGAACUCAUCUGCUAUUAAUACUAGAUGAGCAGUUUGCUCCUUGCUGCUAUUACACCAUUGGUUCUGUUACUGUUGUGUUGUGUGAAUAGACAGUACUUGUUAAUAAAUGACCAUGUGGCCAAAGAGAGCUACGUUUUCCUUCCCACUUUCUCAUGCACUCCACAUCAUUAUUAAAGUAAAAGAAAGUUAAAUUGUUCAUGUCGCUCUCCAGUUAUCACCUGCUACCAAUCAAUUACAGUAAUCCCUCGUUUAUUGCAGUUAAUUGGUUCCAGACCCAACUGUGACAAAUGAAUUUCCGCAAAGUAGGAUUCUUUAUUUAUAAAUGUAAUAUUAGUUACAGCAUAGAAAACGCGUUUGUGACCUUCUAAAUAGGUUUUUAAACAUUAUUAGAGCCCUCUUGACAUGAGAUAGCAGCCCUAUAGUCACCUUUACACUCCUAUACCAAAUAUAAUAGACAUAGUAAGAGUAAAUAAGGCGUUUUAAGACAUAAAUAAAACUCAUGUUCAUGUGUGUUGCUAUAUAUGUGUUAGGGGAGCUGAGUGGGGAACGGUAUGGAAGUGAUG